AAAAAACUCAUUUGUGCCAAUUGGGAUCUUUUGUCUCAUUCGUAAGCUAACUGUUCGCAGCGAAAGACGGUUUGUGUUCAAUUCGAGUCGGUGUUAACACAUCAAAUAUUAAUUAACUAUAAUGGGUGUACCUGCUGGUGAUGUUGAGAAAGGCAAGAAGCUGUUCGUGCAGCGUUGCGCACAGUGCCACACCGUCGAGGCCGGUGGCAAGCACAAGGUUGGCCCCAAUCUGCACGGUCUGAUCGGCCGCAAGACCGGCCAGGCUCCCGGCUUUGCCUACACAGAUGCCAACAAGGCUAAGGGCAUCACCUGGAACGAGGACACGCUCUUCGAAUACCUGGAGAACCCCAAGAAAUACAUCCCCGGCACCAAGAUGAUCUUCGCCGGCCUGAAGAAGCCCAAUGAGCGCGGUGAUCUGAUUGCCUACCUGAAGGCGGCUACUAAGUAAGGAGGAACUACUAGCAUCUACCCACAUCCGAACCUAGCACCACCUCUAGCUAAACGUAAACUAUGUAUUACGACCUAUACUAUCAUCAUGGAAGCGUGGCAGAAGCGCCUCCGAGGCUCAUCUUGACGACGGCUUGUAUUUUGGGUCACAAUUAUAACAAAGCAGAAUACUGAACUUAAAACAAAAAUACAAUUAUGUUAACUUUAAAGUUUAAA